AUGGCGAUUGUUACGGUGCACGCCCUCGAUGCAGGCCAUAUAACGAUACCAGAGCGCUUCUUCGUCAUCCCAAAUGACCCAGAUGCCAGACGCACUGUACCUUCACUGUCUUUCCUGAUCCAACACAAAGAUGCAAGCUCUGGAAAAGUCACACGAUUGGUAUUCGACCUUGGUAUAAGAAGGGAUCUUAACCUGUACCCGCCAGCAUUGAAGUCUCAUCUCGAUAGUCGACAGCCACUUUCGACUCAUCCCGACGUUGUCACGUCGUUGGCCUCAGGAGGUCUAAGCCAAGAUCAGAUAGACUAUGUGAUGUUCAGCCACGUUCAUUACGAUCACGUUGGACUACCCAAAGACUUCACCAGCAACAAGACAAAAUUCAUCAUCGGUAACGGCGCGCUUGAUCUCUUGAAUGGGAAGACGAAACACGACCUAGGCAAGCAUAUGGUGUUUGAGUCUGACCUUCUUCCCCUUGAACGAACGAUAGAGUUGCCUCCUCCGGACGGCACUGGGAACGCUCAAUUCUCGUGGAAACCACUGGCAUUGUUCCCCCAUGCCAUCGACUUUUUCGGUGACGGCAGUGUGUUUAUCGUGGAUGCACCUGGCCAUCUCCCGGGCCAUAUCAAUCUAUUGUGCAGAAUCUCGGACCAACCGACCAGGUUCGUAUGCUUGGCGGGGGAUGCAUGUCAUGAUGUUAGGCUACUGUCCGGGGAAAGGGACAUUGCGACUUGGAAAGAUGAAGCCGGCAAGAUUUGUUGUAUACACGUGGACAUUCCCACUACCAAGGAGACACUGGCUCGGCUGUACGCUGCGACAAAGGAUGGGAUCAAAUUGGCAGGGGAGAAUCCCGCCUCGGUCGAGGUGGUUUUUGCACAUGACUUUGCCUGGGAAGAAGAUGCGAAGAAGAAAGAUAGGUUCUGGCCAGGAAAGUUGUGA